UUAAUUAAGUGUCAACAUUUAUGCAGGCAAUGGAGUAGUAACGUCUAAGUUUAUAAAGUGGUGUUAAACGGUAUUUGCUCUAUGAUGGACAACACAAUAAUAUUUCGUGUGUAUUGUGUAAGUUGCACCUCAGAUACAUCACAACUUUAUGUGAAAUGUUCAGAAUGUGGGGACAUGAAGCUAUGUCUAACGUGCUUUUCCAAAGGAGCAGAACCACGUAGCCACCUGAAAAGUCACGAUUAUAAAAUUAUUGAUAACGGAACAUUCUCACUGCAUGACCCGAACUGGUCUGCUGUGGAAGAACAGCUUCUAAUAGACAGUGUGGAGCAGUUUGGACUUGGUAAUUGGGAGGAUGUGGCAUCCAAUGUCAGUACAAAGACUGCCAAAGAAGUUGAGGAGCAUUACAUGUCUGUAUACAUGGAUAGCUACAUGGGGCGUAUGGUGGUACCAACUGAAAUACCAAACAGGAUGACGGACCAUACACCAUCUAUUCAUGAAUCCACACCUAUCCUACCUCCACCCAACUUACAAGUGAGCAAGGUUGAACAACUUGAGCUGGCAUACAUGCCAAAUCGUGAUGAUUUUGAAUAUGAGUUUGAUAAUGACGCAGAAAGACUCAUCAGCCCAAUUUUCAUGAACACAGAUGACAAUGAAUUGGACAGAGGUUUAAAACUUGCAAAAGUAGAUAUGUACCUUACAAGGUUACGCGAGCGCCAAAGGAGAAAAGAUAUUUCAAGGGAAUAUUAUCUUGUUGAUAAAUUCUUCGCGAAAGAUGGAGAUGAAUUGAAAUCUGAAAAUGAACUUUUACAAAGGCUGAAGAGCUGCUCGCAAUUUAUGAAGAGUGACCAAUUCAAACAACUUGUACAAGAUAUUGAAAGGGAGCAAUAUUUAAAACAGAAAGUCAAACGACUGCAGAAUUAUAGGAGAAAUGGGCUCACAAAGUUUGAAGGUUGUGACUUUUACGACAGUGAACGACAUAAAAGACUAAAACAAGGAAAGGAAAGUAAAAGCCACUCAAAGUUACCACCAGAACCAGAAUCAGAAAAGCAGUUUUCUUCCCUCAUGACUUCUCAGGGCUUCAGUUUGCUUUGCCACAGUGAGAAACUACUAUGCAACUCACUCAGGAUCUCACCAUCUAAAUACAUUACAUCCAAAGCAUUAAUCCUUAAGGACAACAUGCUGAAGCAACACGGCUGCCCGAAUAAGCACAAGUUUUCAAGUUACAUAGAAAAGGUGCACAGGAGGAAAAUUUCCAGUUUUCUCCGUUCUAAAGGGUGGUUGUCAUAGCCAAGAUUUUGCACUAUUGUUUUACCUUAAAGCUGUUAUUAGACAAACUGUUUUCUUUAUGUUUUAUUACCAAUUUUCCAUUAUACUGUUAGAUAUUGAUAUUUUAUUUAAUUUUAUGAAAUAAAAGUGGAGUAUGCGUGUUCA